GAACAGCGAUACCAGGAAACGGUUUUGUUUAAAGAAAAUACAUAUAACAAAUGUGCUGGAGACAUCACACUUGCUGUUCUCUGCUGAAAUGGCUGAGGAAACUGACGAGCAAAUUGGCAACUUGAUUCAGUUCAAGAAAGAGGACUUUGAAGAUGAAUGGAUCCCUGUGGCUUUAGGUGGAUUUGGUCAAGUGUACAAAGUGAGGCACAAGAAAUGGUGGACAGUGUAUGCUGUGAAAUGCUCAACCACAAUUGUCGGAGAUUCUGAACUUUUAAGCACAAAUUACAACAACUUAAUUGAGGAGGCAUCCAAGAUGGAGAAGAUUAAGUUCAAUUAUAUCGUUCAGAUUUAUGGAAUUUGCAGCAAUCCUAUUGGAAUAGUAAUGGAAUUCAUGGAAAAUGGAUCACUUGAGAAAAUGCUUCCAACUCAUGCACUCAGCUGGCAGCUGAAAUUCCGUUUUAUUCAUGAAAUAGGGCUAGGUAUGAAUUUUCUGCAUAGCAUGAAACCUCCACUUCUUCAUUUGGAUCUAAAACCAGGGAAUAUUCUUCUGGAUAGCCAUUUGCAUGUGAAGAUUUCUGACUUUGGGCUCUCCAAAUGGAAAGAAAAUUCAACCAGAAAUGAAUAUAUCCAAAGAUCCGCAAUAAAAGGAACCUUAAGUUACAUUCCUCCAGAAAUGUUUCUGCAGAGCAGUAGACUUCCAGGAACCAAAUAUGAUGUUUACAGCUACGCCAUUGUUAUCUGGGAACUACUGACCCAGAAAAAACCUUAUGCAGGUGCCAGUAUGUUGAACAUUAUUGUUAAGGUUGCAGCGGGAAAGCGCCCACCUAUCCAUGAUAUUUCUGAAGAACGGCCAGUGGAAUGCCAACAGAUGAUUAAUCUGAUGCAGAGAUGUUGGAAUCAGAAUCCUAAUAAAAGGCCAAACUUUUCAGAUAUUGUCAUGGAAUCUCACAUGUUACUUUGCCUGGUACAAAGUCCUUUACCAGACCCUGAAACAAAUACAAGCAACAAUGAGCAAGAUAUUCUCAAGUCUUCUUCAUUUAUGCUGUUUGAUGAAAACACUAAUGACAGCCAGCAAGGAUCUUCUUUAGAAGAUGCAGGUAGUGAAACACAAAAUUUGUUAAGGAACCUUAUGUUAGAAGAUCACACAUGGGUAGAUGAAAAUGAUUUUACUCUGCUUCACAUUGCUGUCGCACAAGGAAAUCUUGAACAAGUAAAUCAUUUUUUGAGCCUUAAUGUGGAUGUGAAUAGCAAAUCAAUCAGUGGAUUUACACCCCUCAUAUUAGCUGUGCAGAAGAAGUUGCCGGACAUAUGUAUGUCAUUAAUUGAGAAUGGAGCAGAUGUAAAUAUUAUUGAUGAAGACAUGUGGUCACCUCUCCAUUUUGCUGCUCAAGGUGGUGACGACAGAAUUGUUAGGCUUCUCCUGGAUCAUUCAGCUCAUGUUGAUGCAAAGGAGCGUGAUGAUUGGACACCGCUUCAUCUUGCAGCCCAAAAUGGCUAUGAAAAUGUUGUCCGUGUCCUCUUCACUCGUCAUACUAACCCAAAUUCCCAGGAUGUGAAUGGAAAGACUGCACUCCAUCUCGCUACUUAUUUUGGUCAUUACAAACUUGUGAAGCUUUUGAUAAGCCAAGGAGCUAUUGCAGACAGUAUCCAAAAUGAUCAAAGGACUGCUCUUCAUAUUGCAGCUGACAGAGGUUACUUUAGAGUGGUGCAACAUCUGAUACAAAAGGGAGCUACUUUGAACUUUCCUGAUCAGAGCCAUUACACUGCUUUACAUAUGGCAGCAGUAAAAGGCAACAGCAUGAUCUGUAAACUGCUAAUAAAACAUGGAGCUAAUGUUGAUGCUAAAACAUUCCAAGGCUGGACAGCUUUGCAUCUUGCAACAUUUAAAGGACACACCGAUAUAAUAAAUUUACUAAAAAGCGGUGGUGCAAAUAUUGAUGCUGAAGGAGAUUUGAAGUGGACACCCCUCCAUUUAGCAGUGCGCUAUAGUGAGGAUCUUGUUGUUUCCCAUCUCCUGAAAUUAGGGGCAAAACCUGAAAUUGCUGAAAUGUCAGGAUGGACUGCCUUGCACCUGGCUGUACAAAGAGGUGCGUUCUGCAGUGUUUUACAUCUUAUAGAACACAAAGCAGAUGUCAAUGCAAAGAAUACAUUUGGAUGGACUCCAUUACAUGUUGCAGUGUUAAAUUCUAAUGUAUCCAUAAUAAAAACUCUUCUCCUGGCUAAUGCAAAGCUCAGUAUAGAAGAUAGUAAUGGCUGCACUCCUCUGCAGUUAGCAGUCAGAAAUAAAAAACAUAAUGUUGUUGCUUUACUGGAGGGCAGAGACAAUAUUUCUAGCAGUUCUGAUGAACUAAGUGGAGAAGUAGGGCCUUACUUGCAAUUUCAAGAAUAGCCUGUUUCACCUAUUUCUUGAACAAAACAAAAAGAGAAAUAAGUUAGCAGUUUUGCUGAAACAAUAGUGCAUGCUGUUUUAGUGAGGUCUGAUGAGUGAAAUUGAGGCUUACAUUUAUUUUUACUUUAUUCUUGCACUUGUAUUUCAAUUUGCAGGGUUUGUGAUCAGUUGUAGCAUAAAGCCAGGGUCGGACCAGACCAACGAGACACAGGGUAAAAACCCAGUGGGUCCUGGCCCUACUGUGCCCCGCCGACCCAGACCCGCAGCCACCUACGGCCAACACUGCCUGAAUGUGUCCCCCCCGCACCCAAUCAUGACUACAACUCUGGGGCCCAGAGGGGGGGUUGUGA